AUGGGUGCUCAGUCACAGCAUGAGGACGAAGAUAUUAACAUCUAUCAAACAAAAUAUCGGAUUAACGAAAAAGAUGAUACUUCGCACUCAUUGCAACAAAGUAAAAUUAAGAAAGACAAAAAAAAUCUUAACAGUAUCAUUGAAGCAAUAAAAUGUACGAUGAAUCCAUUUGAUGACACUAUUGACAAAGAUACAUUAUUCAACAUUUCAACCGGCAAAGCUGCGUCUAAAGAAGUUGCUGAUUUCCUGCUGAACGUGAAAACAGUAGGCUAUCAAUAA